AUGGACGGGCAGGAAUUGACAACAGAAACCGUAACACCCGCAAAUGUGUCUUCUUCACCGUCGCCUAUGGAUACCCGGACGAUGCAUCUUCAAUUACAAUCGCCAAAUGCCCAAAUAAUUUCUCCGUCUUUUGACGUUGGUGAUCUCAUCUCAUACGAGUACUUUGACACAGCCUCAGGAAAGUUGCAAUGCGGGUUGGCGACGGUGUUGGAAAGGCUUGAAGAAAACAAACUUUUGGUUGAACCACUGAUGCACGAGGCCCGGAGAAGUCUCUGCGGCGUGGUGGCCACAACGGAAGAGGGCAAAUCUAUACUUGAGGAACUGCGGAAUCUAGAAAAGGAGUUUGUGCGGUGCAUCAAGGACGCCAAACAAUCCUCGCAAGAGAUUUGGGAGAGGCGCUGUGCCGUCCAGAAGGAGAAGCAGGAGGUUGAAGAGGCGGUGAUAAUUGCCCAGGAAGAACUCGGGGACGUCCGUACGGCUGUAAAGAAGAUUGACAUUCAUCACUGGCACGAGUUGGUGUCAUAUCGAACACCACCGGAAAUCGUGGUACGGGUGAUGGCCGCAGUGGUGCUUGUGUUAGGCGAACGGCGACGUACGUGGGCUGAAAUUAUGCCCAUCUUACAUCGUCCUGGAAUAACGGAGCUUUUGGCGACCUUUGACUCCAGUGAUUUGACACAAGGGCAGCGUGAGGAAGUGUUGCAGCGGUACAUCAAUACACCAAAGUUUACAUAUGAGGGGGUGAUGAAAGGCAGCAUUGCUCUUACGGAGUUGUACAGAUGGGUUGUGGCACACGUACUUAUGAUUAAUGUAAACGAACAUCGCAAUCAGAUGUCUAGGAUAAAUGAACGCCGCAGCUCUGAUCUUGAAGAGUUGGAGGAAAAACUGCAGGAAGACUAUAAGAAGAUUGCGAAGUUAAAUAUUGAAAUGAAUGCGUUGUGUAACCGUCUUUAUGAGGUGGAGUCGAAAACCGCCUCCAACUUUUGUGCUUCCAACAACACCACUCCCAGAGAGAACCAGAGCGCUAGACAACGUCGUUCACAUACGAGCCUUUUUGAAAGACCACGUUUUGCAGAACUUAUCAAGAUGAUUAGUGGGUCAUGGCAUUACAAAAUGAAGCCAGAACGCCGUAGCAUUUCCAUCUGCAGUGUCCUAUGUAGCUUGGGGGCAGCACCAGACAGAAAUGAGACGAUCAUACUUCAAGAACGACAGUCUCUGCAUCUUUUGGCCGCCAUGCAGGCAAAAAAUCGUCAGUACACUCCCAUUAUUCAAUCGGAAAUUGAAACAUAUGGUGAAGAGGCAGCAAAUACACACGGGGUUCAGCAAAAACGGAAACCGCAAAGAAAAACAAUCACACAACUUCAAUGUGCGCAGAACAUCAAAGCACUAGUGCAACAGAUUAGAAAAAAUGCGGAAGAGAAGCUCCAACUUCAACAAAGAAUUUUAAUCAACACCAGAAGUAAAAAUAUGGGUGAAACUCAAUUGAGACAAAAGCUAUCACAAGAAAUCGAUACGAAGGAAAGAGAAGACAAUAACAGAAAUGCUAAAACAUUUACCCGCAUCAAACAUUUUUACACGCAAGACAGCCCACGAACACCACCUGUGCAAAGAAGGCUGGAUUUUUCCGGAAAAGAAAAGCAUUUACUAAAAGAUUGCCCAAUCAAGGGUUUUGACGUUCUGGCUACGCUCGAGCGUCAGCUACAGGAGCGUGAUGAUGCCCUGGCUGCGCUGAAUGACAAGCUGGAGGAGUACGGCAGAGAAAAGUCUGUGCUGGAGAGCCGCACCAGUGAGAGUGUUGACGUCGUCGUUACACUCGAGCGCCAGCUACAGGAGCGUGAUGAUGCCUUGGCUGCGCUGAAGGACAGGCUGGAGGAGCACAGCAGAGAAAAGUCUGUGCUGGAGAGCCGCACCAGUGAGAGUGUUGACGUCGUCGUUACACUCGAGCGCCAGCUACAGGAGAGUGUUGACGCCUUGGCUGCCAUGGAGCGCCAGCUACAGGAGCGUGAUGAUGCCCUGGCUGCGCUGAAGGACAGGCUGGAGGAGUACGGCAGAGAAAAGUCCGCGCUGGAGAGCCGCACCAGUGAGAGUGUUGACGCCGUCGUUACACUCAGGCGUCAGCUACAGGAGCGUGAUGAUGCCCUGGCUGCGCUGAAUGACAGGCUGGAGGAGCACAGCAGAGAAAAGUCUGCGCUGGAGAGCCGCACCAGUGAGAGUGUUGACGCCUUGGCUGCCAUGGAGCGCCAGCUACAGGAGCGUGAUGAUGCCCUGGCCGCGCUGAAGGACAGGCUGGAGGAGCACAGCAGAGAAAAGUCUGCGCUGGAGAGCCGCACCAGUGAGAGUGUUGACGCCUUGGCUGCCAUGGAGCGCCAGCUACAGGAGCGUGAUGAUGCCCUGGCUGCGCUGAAGGACAGGCUGGAGGAGUACGGCAGAGAAAAGUCCGCGCUGGAGAGCCGCACCAGUGAGAGUGUUGACGCCGUCGUUACACUCAGCCGCCAGCUACAGGAGCGUGAUGAUGCCCUGGCUGCGCUGAAGGACAGGCUGGAGGAGCACAGCAGAGAAAAGUCUGCGCUGGAGAGCCGCACCAGUGAGAGUGUUGACGCCUUGGCUGCCAUGGAGCGCCAGCUACAGGAGCGUGAUGAUGCCCUGGCUGCGCUGAAGGACAGGCUGGAGGAGUACGGCAGAGAAAAGUCCGCGCUGGAGAGCCGCACCAGUGAGAGUGUUGACGCCGUCGUUACACUCAGGCGCCAGCUACAGGAGCGUGAUGAUGCCCUGGCUGCGCUGAAUGACAGGCUGGAGGAGCACAGCAGAGAAAAGUCUGCGCUGGAGAGCCGCACCAGUGAGAGUGUUGACGCCUUGGCUGCCAUGGAGCGCCAGCCACAGGAGCGUGAUGAUGCCCUGGCUGCGCUGAAGGACAGGCUGGAGGAGUACAGCAGAGAAAAGUCUGCGCUGGAGAGCCGCACCAGUGAGAGUGUUGACGCCGUCGUUACACUCAGGCGUCAGCUACAGGAGCGUGAUGAUGCCCUGGCUGCGCUGAAGGACAGGCUGGAGGAGUACAGCAGAGAAAAAUCUGCGCUGGAGAGCCGCACCAGUGAGAGUGUUGACGCGUUGGCUGCCAUGGAGCGCCAGCUACAGGAGCGUGAUGAUGCCCUGGCCGCGCUGAAUGACAGGCUGGAGGAGUACAGCAGAGAAAAAUCUGCGCUGGAGAGCCGCACCAGUGAGAGUGUUGACGCCUUGGCUGCCAUGGAGCGCCGGCUACAGGAGCGUGAUGAUGCCCUGGCUGCGCUGAAGGACAGGCUGGAGGAGUACAGCAGAGAAAAAUCUGCGCUGGAGAGCCGCACCAGUGAGAGUGUUGGCGCGUUGGCUGCCAUGGAGCGCCAGCUACAGGAGCGUGAUGAUGCCCUGGCCGCGCUGAAUGACAGGCUGGAGGAGUACGGCAGAGAAAAAUCUGCGCUGGAGAGCCGCACCAGUGAGAGUGUUGACGCCGUCGUUACACUCAGGCGUCAGCUACAGGAGCGUGAUGAUGCCCUGGCUGCGCUGAAGGACAGGCUGGAGGAGCACAGCAGAGAAAAAUCUGCGCUGGAGAGCCGCACCAGUGAGAGUGUUGACGCCUUGGCUGCCAUGGAGCGCCAGCUACAGGAGCGUGAUGAUGCCCUGGCUGCGCUGAAUGACAGGCUGGAGGAGCACAGCAGAGAAAAAUCUGCGCUGGAGAGCCGCACCAGUGAGAGUGUUGACGCCUUGGCUGCCAUGGAGCGCCAGCCACAGGAGCGUGAUGAUGCCCUGGCUGCGCUGAAUGACAGGCUGGAGGAGUACAGCAGAGAAAAAUCCGCGCUGGAGAGCCGCACCAGUGAGAGUGUUGACGCCGUCGUUACACUCAGGCGCCAGCUACAGGAGCGUGAUGAUGCCCUGGCCGCGCUGAAGGACAGGCUGGAGGAGCACAGCAGAGAAAAGUCUGCGCUGGAGAGCCGCACCAGUGAGAGUGUUGACGCCGUCGUUACACUCAGGCGUCAGCUACAGGAGCGUGAUGAUGCCCUGGCUGCGCUGAAGGACAGGCUGGAGGAGUACAGCAGAGAAAAAUCUGCGCUGGAGAGCCGCACCAGUGAGAGUGUUGGCGCGUUGGCUGCCAUGGAGCGCCAGCUACAGGAGCGUGAUGAUGCCCUGGCCGCGCUGAAUGACAGGCUGGAGGAGUACGGCAGAGAAAAAUCUGCGCUGGAGAGCCGCACCAGUGAGAGUGUUGACGCCGUCGUUACACUCAGGCGUCAGCUACAGGAGCGUGAUGAUGCCCUGGCUGCGCUGAAGGACAGGCUGGAGGAGUACGGCAGAGAAAAAUCUGCGCUGGAGAGCCGCACCAGUGAGAGUGUUGACGCCUUGGCUGCCAUGGAGCGCCAGCUACAGGAGCGUGAUGAUGCCCUGGCUGCGCUGAAGGACAGGCUGGAGGAGCACAGCAGAGAAAAAUCUGCGCUGGAGAGCCGCACCAGUGAGAGUGUUGACGCCUUGGCUGCCAUGGAGCGCCAGCUACAGGAGCGUGAUGAUGCCCUGGCUGCGCUGAAUGACAGGCUGGAGGAGCACAGCAGAGAAAAGUCUGCGCUGGAGAGCCGCACCAGUGAGAGUGUUGACGCCUUGGCUGCCAUGGAGCGCCAGCUACAGGAGCGUGAUGAUGCCCUGGCUGCGCUGAAGGACAGGCUGGAGGAGUACAGCAGAGAAAAAUCCGCGCUGGAGAGCCGCACCAGUGAGAGUGUUGACGCCGUCGUUACACUCAGGCGUCAGCUACAGGAGCGUGAUGAUGCCCUGGCUGCGCUGAAGGACAGGCUGGAGGAGUACAGCAGAGAAAAAUCUGCGCUGGAGAGCCGCACCAGUGAGAGUGUUGGCGCGUUGGCUGCCAUGGAGCGCCAGCUACAGGAGCGUGAUGAUGCCCUGGCCGCGCUGAAUGACAGGCUGGAGGAGUACGACAGAGAAAAGUCCGCGCUGGAGAGCCGCACCAGUGAGAGCGUUGACGCCGUCGUUACACUCAGGCGUCAGCUACAGGAGCGUGAUGAUGCCCUGGCCGCGCUGAAUGACAGGCUGGAGGAGUACGGCAGAGAAAAAUCUGCGCUGGAGAGCCGCACCAGUGGGAGUGUUGACGCGUUGGCUGCCAUGGAGCGCCAGCUACAGGAGCGUGAUGAUGCCCUGGCUGCGCUGAAGGACAGGCUGGAGGAGUACGGCAGAGAAAAAUCUGCGCUGGAGAGCCGCACCAGUGAGAGCGUUGACGCCGUCGUUACACUCAGGCGUCAGCUACAGGAGCGUGAUGAUGCCCUGGCUGCGCUGAAUGACAGGCUGGAGGAGUACGGCAGAGAAAAAUCUGCGCUGGAGAGCCGCACCAGUGAGAGUGUUGACGCCUUGGCUGCCAUGGAGCGCCAGCUACAGGAGCGUGAUGAUGCCCUGGCUGCGCUGAAGGACAGGCUGGAGGAGCACAGCAGAGAAAAGUCCGUGCUGGAGAGCCGCACCAGUGAGAGUGUUGACGCGUUGGCUGCCAUGGAGCGCCAGCUACAGGAGCGUGAUGAUGCCCUGGCUGCGCUGAAGGACAGGCUGGAGGAGCACAGCAGAGAAAAGUCCGCGCUGGAGAGCCGCACCAGUGAGAGUGUUGACGCCGUCGUUACACUCAGGCGUCAGCUACAGGAGCGUGAUGAUGCCCUGGCUGCGCUGAAGGACAGGCUGGAGGAGUACGGCAGAGAAAAAUCUGCGCUGGAGAGCCGCACCAGUGAGAGUGUUGACGCCGUCGUUACACUCAGGCGUCAGCUACAGGAGCGUGAUGAUGCCCUGGCCGCGCUGAAGGACAGGCUGGAGGAGUACAGCAGAGAAAAGUCUGCGCUGGAGAGCCGCACCAGUGAGAGUGUUGACGCCUUGGCUGCCAUGGAGCGCCAGCUACAGGAGCGUGAUGAUGCCCUGGCUGCGCUGAAGGACAAGCUGGAGGAGUACGGCAGAGAAAAGUCCGCGCUGGAGAGCCGCACCAGUGAGAGUGUUGACGCCGUCGUUACACUCAGGCGUCAGCUACAGGAGCGUGAUGAUGCCCUGGCUGCGCUGAAUGACAGGCUGGAGGAGCACAGCAGAGAAAAAUCUGCGCUGGAGAGCCGCACCAGUGAGAGUGUUGACGCCUUGGCUGCCAUGGAGCGCCAGCUACAGGAGCGUGAUGAUGCCCUGGCCGCGCUGAAUGACAAGCUGGAGGAGUACGGCAGAGAAAAAUCUGCGCUGGAGAGCCGCACCAGUGAGAGUGUUGACGCCGUCGUUACACUCAGGCGUCAGCUACAGGAGCGUGAUGAUGCCCUGGCUGCGCUGAAUGACAGGCUGGAGGAGCACAGCAGAGAAAAGUCCGCGCUGGAGAGCCGCACCAGUGAGAGUGUUGACGCGUUGGCUGCCAUGGAGCGCCAGCUACAGGAGCGUGAUGAUGCCCUGGCCGCGCUGAAGGACAGGCUGGAGGAGUACGGCAGAGAAAAGUCCGCGCUGGAGAGCCGCACCAGUGAGAGUGUUGACGCCUUGGCUGCCAUGGAGCGCCAGCUACAGGAGCGUGGUAACGCUUUCAAUAUUUUUGAUGGUCGUGUUAAUGAGAUUUGUAUGGAGAAAUCUUCACUUGGUUUCCGAUUGAAGGCGGGAACUGAUAUGGUUGUAGUGUUUUUGAGAAGGUUGCGUGGUUUGGGUGAAGGAGAAUAUGGAGUGUCUUUUCAAGAUGGGUUGUGCACUUUUCAUCAUGCGCAGGAUAGCGUUUUUGUUUCUUUUUUGUGUGGAGUUUUUAAAUCUUUGCGUUCGCUGAGGAAUUUUGUUUUUGGUUGGAAUUGGAAUGGGAAUUGUAGUAAUGAAGACUGGUGGGAUGCGUUGGGACAUGUGCAAUUAGAAUUUGGUUGUGUUGAGGCGGAAUUGCAUGAAUUUUCUGAAUUGCUGGGGAAGUUAGAGGAGGAUUGUAGGGAUAUAGAGCCGACGCGUCGUUUGCAGGAAUUGAUUGAUAUUCAUGCUGGUUGCGGUGAGAAUGAGGAUGCUGCUUUGAAUUUAGAGGAGAAUUUUGAGGUGCUGAUUCGGGAACUUAGGCAUCGUGUACGUGAGAUGAAAACGAUGCUGGUUGGGCAGAGUGUGAAAGAGCGAUUGAUUCAGGCGCGAAUUGAUGCUCUCAGCAAUGGACUUCAUCGUGUCGCCAAUUUGUCAUUAGUUGUGAAUGGAGAAGUAGAUAAGGAUAAGAGACGUCGUGCUUUGGAGGAAUUGCAUGAGAAGCAUGACAGUCUGUCAGAGGAGUUGUCUUCUGUAGGACGUGAUUUGUUGGUUCUGUAUGCAUUGCAGCAAGGACGGGAGGAAACUUUCUUACGUCCAUUACACGAAUACUCUCCCUUUUUAGCGGCAAAGUGUCUAAGGAAUGCUGGUUUUCUAACAGAUACCAUAGAAACUGGAGUAUUCUCUCUUACAAGUGGUGUUCUGAUGGUAGCGGUUAUUGUGACACUUAUGUACAAGCGGUAUUCUCUUAUCUAA